CGCUGUUCCGUCGAAGUAGACAGUGUAUCAGUGAGCUCCAAAUUAAUCUCUUCCGGUAGGAGCAAUUGAACCCCAAAACCCUCGACACUGGUCCGUCGUCUGGUCGCUCGCUCUGGUUAAUCAUCGCGCGAUUCAUUCCGCUGACCAACCGUUGACGACCGGACGUUUGGGACGUUGGCUGGUGCGCAAUCAGUUCCGUUCCGGCUCGGGUGUGAGGUGAGCGUCGCAAUAGGUUCGCGCAAUGGAAGAGAUCAAAAAGGCACUGGCCGAGGCGGACCCGUUCGCCAGCUGGUGGCCAUUCAUCGUGGCCGGCAUCGUGUUCGUGAUCGGCACUGUCAGAACGUACAUGGGCGGACAGCCCUGCCCGAACGGAAACACCAUCCCGGGCCGGGUGAUCGUGAUCACCGGUGCGACCGGUGGCAUCGGGCGCGAGGUGUGCCGUGAGCUGGCCCGCCGACAGGCGCGCUGUUUGAUACUGGCGUGCCGUACCGUGGAGCAGGGCGACGCGUUGAAGGAGCAGCUGCGCCGUGAAGCACCGGACUGUGUGUGUGAGGUGUCCGUGAUCGAUCUGCGUUCGUUCGACAGUGUGCGCCGGUUCGUGCGCCAGCUGCAGGCGCAGCAUCCGGCGGUGGACGCGCUGGUGAACUGUGCCGGCGUGAUCUUCCAGCCCGGCGGACGCACGGCCGACGGCUACGAGCAGCACCUGCAGUGCAAUUAUCUGUCCCACUUCCUGCUGACGCAGCUGCUGCGGCCCCAGCUGGCCCGGUCGGCGCACGGCGGACGGAUCGUGCACGUGUCGGCCCACGGGUACACGGCGGCCAAGAUUGCCGACCGCGAGGAUCCGCUCAAUCUGUGCCAGCCGGCCCAAAGUGGACGGGACGCGUUCGCGCACUCGAAGCUGGCCAUCGUGCUGGGCAGCAGAGCGCUGGCAGGGAAGCUUACUGCGGAAGGGUGCAGCACCACCGUCAACUGCUGCUCGCCGGGGCUGGUUCGCGGCACGGGCCAUCUGCGCCACUCGCCGAUCAUGAAGGCACUGUUCGCGAAGGUGCUCACCUUCCCUUGGAUGUGGCUGUUCAUGAAGAGUCCGGCACAGGGCGCCCACACGAUCGUACGGCUCGUGACGGAUCCGGCACUGGCCGGCUGUACGGGGGACUUUUUCAACGACUGUGAACGGGUGGAGGUGUCCGAGUUGGCCAGAGACGACGAACUGGCCGACCGUCUGUACCGGGCCUCCCUCAGUGCGGUCGGUUUAGCCGAGGACGCGGCCAGAGGGACCGUGCGACCGAAGAAAGAGUAGCGCCAUGGAUGAACAUGAACACUGGACUUUGGAGAUGGUACUUUGUAUGCCGGUACUGGUAAAUUAAACGAUUUUAGUGAACACAUCAGGAGGAAAUGAUGCUUUUGCUUAGUCUGUAUGUUAAUUUUACAGUUUUUGAAUAAAAUUUCAUUUCCACUA